GGGACAAACCAACCCGAUCCGCCCCUUCCCCCACCCCCUCGGAUCUAUCCCUGCAAAGCAAUGAGGAGUGGGAGCCAACCCAGGAGGCGGAUGCGACCGACCAGGCAUCUAGUGACCAGCCGCGGUCGUCAAGGGCCCAUGAGAAGUCCAAGAAAAAGCCUAGUAAAAAGGCAAGAAGCCAGCCAGAGGAGCAGUCGGAGGAGGAAGCCUCUGGUGAAGAAGCAGGACAGAAAAAGCCGCGUGGACCCAGAUACACUGAGGCGGAAAACUGUGUCCUAGUGGAUUGCGUCGACAGGUCCUACGACGUUUUGUAUGGAUCAAGGGCACAGAAAACAGCAUUUAAGGUAAAGCGGAACAUCUGGGAAUCCAUCGCCAGUCAAGUAACUGCAAUUUCUGGAAACCGUCGGAGCACCCGAAAUUGCUUGAAGCGGUACAGUGAUUGCCGCAGACAGACCAAGAAGAAGAUGGGGAUUCAGCGCCGACAUGAGACAGCUACGGGAGGUGGCCCGGCUCUCAAUUUGAAGUGGCUAUCCUGGGAGAACGUUAUUAGAAGGCGCUUGAACCCUGUCAUGGUCGAAGGAGUUCGCGGAGGUGUGGACUCCAGCCGUCCUGCUGGCUUUCUCGAGGAGGAAGAACCGCCCAGAAGACGGAGGAAGGCGGGAGACCAGCCGUCCAAAAGGAGGUCUGAUGACAGACCUGCCCAGAGGACAUCACCUGCGCACAGGACAUCGCCAGCGCACGGACCGUUACCUGUGCAGCAGGCAUCGGCAGCAGCGCGCGGACCAUCAACUGCGCCGCAAGCAUCGCGAGCACACAGAUCGUCACCUGUGCGCCACAGUUCGUCAUCGCGCAGUUGGUCACCUGUGCACCAGACGACAUCAGUGCACAGACUAUCACCUGUGCACCAGACACCGUCGGCGACCACACCACAAGAUGGGCGCCAAACUACAGCUCCUGCGCGCAGGCCAUCACCAGAUCGUCGUCUCUCCAGGAGCUCUGGGACUGUGACUGAAGAGCCUCAAGACACAACCCUUGUGGACCCAUCACUCGAUCUGUUUGAGUCUACAGGGUUAAACUUUUCUUGGGUUUGAGGACAGCCGUGCAGAUGUAUCCAGCCAGACCCUUGAAAAGUCUUCCGAAACGAGGACAAGUGGAGCUCCUGGAGCAGCGGCAUCACAGGAUGGAGAAGUGGUGCCACGAACCAGCAGCGGACUAGCUUCGGGGAUUGGUUCGUACUUCAGGCCGGAUCUCCUACAGGGGUCGUCAGAGGAUGACGAGGUGGAAGUGCAGGAUGAUCCAGUUGCUACAUCCCUGCCUGCCCAAAUGAAUGUGGUGGCAGACAUCCAGGAAGGGCAGAAUCCCUCAACUGUUCAGAGGGUUCACACCCUGGCAUCAGAGAUUGGGACACGCCAGGAUACAUACACAAAUGUUGUGGGAAGCAGACUGGACAACAUUGAGAGGACAAUGGAGAAAAUGUCCAACAAUCUGCAUGAACUGCAGAAGACUAUUUCCGACAGCACGGCCACAAUACUACAGAUCAUAAUUGAAGAUCGUAGGGAGAAUAGGAACAUACUUAACAUCAUGUCCGAUUCCUUGGUCAAGCUUGUGGAAAAAAACACAUGUUUGGCAGAAAG